CAGAGCACCGAGGGCAGCCGGACACCAGGAGUGCCACCAUGGCUCAGUCCAAGGGCACAGUGGUCCUGGCCUACAGCGGGGGGCUCGACACCUCCUGCAUCCUGGUGUGGCUGAAGGAGCAGGGCUACGACGUUGUCGCCUACCUGGCCAACAUUGGGCAGAAGGAAGAUUUUGAGGCAGCACGAAAGAAAGCGCUGGCACUGGGGGCCAAGAAGGUUUACAUCGAGGACGUCAGCAGGGAGUUCGUGGAGAAGUUCAUCUGGCCGGCAGUCCAGGCCAACGCGCUCUACGAGGAUCGGUACCUGCUGGGCACAGCCCUGGCACGGCCCUGCAUCGCCCGCGGGCUCGUGGGCAUCGCCCAGCAGGAGGGAGCCCAGUAUGUCGCCCACGGGGCCACGGGCAAGGGCAAUGACCAGGUUCGGUUUGAGCUCAGCUGCUAUGCCCUGUGUCCCAAGAUCAAGGUUGUUGCGCCGUGGAGGCUGCCCGAGUUUUACCAACGCUUCCCUGGACGCCGUGAGCUGAUGGAUUAUGCCAAGAAACAUGGGAUCCCAGUGCCCGUGACACCUCAGACGCCGUGGAGCAUGGAUGAGAACCUAAUGCACAUCAGCUACGAAGCCGGGAUCCUGGAGAACCCCAAGAAUCAGGCUCCUCCUGGGCUCUACACCAAGACCUGUGAUCCAGCCAACUCUCCUGACACCCCAGACGUGCUGGAGAUCCAGUUUGAGCGGGGUGUCCCAGUGAAGGUCACCAACACUGGGGACGGAGCCACUCGUUCCUCGGCCCUGGAGCUCUUUGUGUACCUGAACGACAUCGCGGGCAAGCAUGGGGUUGGGCGCAUCGACAUCGUGGAGAACCGCUUCGUUGGGAUGAAGUCCAGAGGUAUCUAUGAGACCCCAGCAGGAACGAUCCUAUACCAUGCACAUUUAGAUAUCGAGGCCUUCACCAUGGACCGGGAAGUGAGGAGAAUCAAGCAGGGACUCUCCUUGAAAUUCUCAGAGCUGGUGUACAACGGCUUCUGGCACAGCCCUGAGUGUGAGUUCCUGCGGGAGUGCAUCGGGCGCUCGCAGGAGCCCGUGGUGGGCACCGUGCGCCUGUCCGUCCUCAAGGGCCACGUCUACAUCCUGGGCAGGGAGUCCCCACGGUCCCUCUACAACGAGGAGCUGGUGAGCAUGAACGUGCAAGGGGACUACGAGCCCGCCGACGCCACCGGCUUCAUCAACAUCAACUCCCUCAGGCUGAAGGAAUAUCAUCGUCUCCAGAGCAAGGUCACCGUAAAGCAGGAUGAAUAGCAAUCAAUCGCACGCGAGCCUCCCGCUCCCCUUUCUAAUUCCUCUAAGAAGUAGCACUAAUUGUGGUGGCAAUUUGUAAUUGUAACUCGUCUCCCUGGAGCAGAGUGGCGGCGGAGGUGACGGCUUUGUUACGGGGCUGCAAGUGAAAUGCAAUCAGAGGGGGGGGAAAAA